AUGGCUGGCGGUAAGGGAAAGACCGGAGGCAAGACGGGCGGCAAGGCCGGCGACAAUACCGGCAAGAGUCAGAAGUCUCACUCGGCGAAGGCGGGUCUGCAGUUCCCCUGCGGUCGUGUCAAGCGCUUCCUCAAAUCCCAAACCCAGAACAAGAUGCGUGUAGGCGCCAAAGCCGCCGUCUACGUCACCGCCGUGCUCGAAUACCUCACCGCCGAAGUCCUCGAACUGGCAGGCAACGCCGCCAAAGACUUGAAGGUCAAGCGUAUUACCCCUCGUCACUUGCAGCUGGCAAUUCGUGGAGAUGAGGAACUGGACACGUUGAUCAAGGCGACCAUCGCCUUUGGUGGUGUGCUUCCACAUAUCAACCGUGCGCUGUUGUUGAAGGUGGAGCAGAAGAAGGGCAAGAAGAUUGAGGCAUAG